CUGUGCCCCCUAGCCCUCCAGCCAUUCCACGUUGCCCCCCACGUAAGAUGUCUGCCCGCCACGACAUGAAGUGGGAGGACAUUCGCUGCCACAACUGCUCAGGGUUGGGACAUAUGAGGCGUGAGUGUCCAUCACCAAGACAGCCAACCAGAGCUCCGGCAUACAAACAGAGUCCAACGCAGCCUAAACCUGCCACCCUCGAUCACAACCCGAGUCAAGAAAUGAGUGUCAGCAUGUUGGUCGGUGACCUGGAGGUGUACGCUGUCUUGGACACUGGGGCGGCUAGAAGUGUUUUCCCUCUUCGACUGUACAACGCUCUCCAGCCAGAUGUUCGCCCACCACUGCAGCCACCGACGGUCACAACCCUAGUAGGUGUGGGACCUGGUACUGUUCCUGUGCACGGAGAAGCCGACCUCACAGUGCAGUUCCACAACAGACAAGUCAGUGUGCCCUUUCUGAUCGCAGACAUCGUGGGUGAUGAUGCCCUUCUUGGCCAGCCAUUCCUGAUUCAAGCACAAGCACAUUUGGAUUAUGGGAAACAGCACAUUAUCUUGUUUGGAGAAGAAGUGCCGUUUUACCGUCCCGACACAAAGAAAAAGACUAGUGCUGUGAAAGUGUGCCGAACUGUUGUCUUGCUGCCCGGUCAUGAGUAUUUGGUGAGGGGAAUGACCCAUGCGGGAAGCUGUAUUGAAGGCCAAGUGGUUCUGAGUCCCACCAAAGGAUUUGUGGAGAAACACAGAUUGCUUGUUGCCAGAGUGUUGGUGGAACCAGCCAAGCUUCAACCUGUGCCACUACGCAUUUUCAAUCCGGGCAACAGGGCUGUGACUAUCAAGAAGGGGGCCAUUGCUGGAUUCCUCCAGCCUGCUACACCGCUGCAGUCCACAAGCAACAUAAUGGUCUCCAGUGCAACUGACCAGUCGUCUACACUGCCACCACAUCUGCGAGAACUCUAUACAAAAAGCUCAGCAGAGUUAAGUAACCGAGAGCGACUUCAACUGGCGCAACUGUUAUGCACCUACAGCAGUGUAUUUUCCACUGGCCCGGAUGAUAUUGGUCGCACAAAUCUGGUCCAACACGACAUCAUUACUCGUCCAGGUGCCCCAGUCAAGCAACCACCACGAAGAAUGGCAUGGGAGAAACAGCGUGAUGCUGAUGAGCAGAUACAGCAGAACCUGGAGCUCGGACUCGCUAAGCGUAGCCACAGCAGCUGGGCAUCGCCUAUUGUGAUGGUACGAAAAAAAGAUGGAACUUAUCGGCUCUGCAUUGACUACAGAUCUCUGAAUGACUGCACCAUCAAAGAUGCAUAUCCCCUGCCCCGAAUACAAGACACACUGGACACUCUUUCGACGGCAAAGUGGUUCAGCACACUAGACUUGGCUUCCGGCUACUGGCAGGUGGAACUUACACCUCGAGCUCGUAAAGCUUCAGCCUUCUGUACCAGAAACGGCCUAUUUGAAUGGAAUGUCAUGCCAUUUGGACUGUGUAACGCUCCGGCAACCUUCCAGCGAUUAAUGGACCGUGUUCUGGCUGGUCUGCAGUGGGAGACCUGCUUGGUCUAUCUGGAUGAUAUAAUAGUGCUGGGGAAGGAUGUGCCUGAGAUGUUACAACGGCUAAGCCAAGUGUUCAACCGACUACACCGAGCUCAACUAAAGCUGAAGCCCGCUAAAUGUUGCCUCUUCCGCCGGCAAGUGAACUACCUUGGUCACAUAGUGUCAGAGAAGGGCGUGUCCACCGACCCUCAAAAAGUCCAGAAGGUUCAAGACUGGCCACCACCAACUUCACUGCAAGAGGUUCGUCAGUUUGUCGGCCUGGCGUCCUAUUACCGCCGCUUUGUCAAAGACUUUGCAUCAAUAGCUGAGCCCCUCCAUAAUCUGACCAAGAAAAAUGCCCGGUUCGAGUGGACGGACAGGUGUCAGGUGGCUUUCAAUGAACUGAAGCAACUGCUGUCAACCGCACCCAUCUUGGGGUACCCUCUCGACCAAGGUGAGAUGAUCUUGGACACAGAUGCCAGUGACACCGGCAUUGGUGCAGUAUUGUCCCAGGUUCAGGAGGGAAGUGAACGUGUGUUAGCCUACGGAAGCCGCAAGCUGUCCAAGACGGAACAAAACUACUGUACGACCCGUCGAGAGUUGUUGGCUGUGGUCGAAUUUACAUCUCAUUUUCGACAGUAUUUAUUAGGCCGCCAGUUCACCGUGAGAACAGACCACAGCAGUCUCCGGUGGCUGACCAAGAUGAAAGAGCCCGAAGGACAGCUAGCCAGGUGGCUGGAGAGACUCGGCGAGUACAACUUCAACAUCAUCCAUCGCCCGGGGUUGCUCCACACUAACGCGGACAGCCUGUCCCGGAGACCUUGUCGCCAGUCUUGUCCAUGUAAGUUGCCGCCUCCUUCAGUUCCAUCAAAAUGUGUCACCCAUCAGGCUAUCCAGUGUAAGAUGGGGUCAGACAUGCCCGUCAGUGGACCGGAAUCGCUCCAGGUGAAUAUAGUGGGGGUGAUCAACGCUGACGACUCGGUCCAUUCGUUUCAAGGCUGGUCCAUGACGGACCUCCAACGAGCCCAGGAGGCAGACAUGGACAUCUCACCCGUCAAGAUAUGGCUCGAGUCCGGCAGUGAGCGCCCCCCUUGGGUCACCGUGUCACCCUACAGCCCCGCGACUAAGGCCUACUGGAGUCAAUGGGCAAGACUUUUCAUCCGGGAUGGAGUCCUGAUGAGGAAAUACUACUGCCUGGACGACACGCAGUUUUACCCCCAAGUGUUGCUGCCCAAAUCCUUCCGAGCAGAUGAGACUGAGCGGGGAAAUCGGUAUAUACUUGUCAUACAAGACUAUUUUACUAAGUGGGUUGAAGCAUUCCCCCUCCAUGAUGACAAAGCUGUGACUGUGGCAGAAGUUUUGGCCUCUCAGUGGGUGUCUCAUUACGGUGCUCCACAUACCCUGCACAGUGACCAGGGCCGCAAUUUUGAAUCUGAGGUGUUCCAGAAGAUGUGCUUAACGUUCGGCAUCGAGAAAACUCACACCACGCCCUUCCGUCCACAGUCUGAUGGCCAAGUGGAAAGAUUCAACGCCACUCUACAGAAGAUCCUGGGCACUACAGCUGAGCGCCGUCACUGGGACUGGGAUGUGAUGAUCCCCUUUGCUGUCAUGGCCUACCGAGCAACCAAGCACAGUGCAACUGGUUUAACUCCAAACAUGAUGAUGUUCGGCAGGGAAUUGACUGAGCCAGUUGAUCUGGUUGCUGGAUUACCUCCAGACAUUGACGCCACACCUUCACCCCCUGAGUACGUCCAGAGUCUCCGAGAACGGUUGGAGCUGGCACACCAGAUCGUCAGAGUCGCCCUUGGUGAAGCAGUGCAACGAGCAAAAAGACAAUAUGACAAGUCUUGCUGUCGGACCCACUAUCAGAUUGGUGAUGCUGUUUGGUAUCUCAUCAAAGGCACCCGAAAUGUCAAGAACAGAGUUCGGAAGUUCCUGCCGUCGUAUGAAGGGCCAUAUUUCAUCCUGGGACAGCUGGACGACCUGGUGUACAGGAUCCAGAAGAACCCCAGGACCAAAGUCAAGGUGGUCCAUCAUGAUCAGCUGAAGCCGUACCGUUGCCGGGACGCUCUGGACAACACCUGGGCCCUGGAGCUGGCGUCUUCAUGGACACCGAUGGAGGUGUCGCCACCACCUGUGCAGAGUGAUCAAGCGGACCUGGACCUGGGCUUGUCUCAGCUUCCGGUCUUCCAGACAGCAGUGGUGCUGCAGUUCAACAUCAUCCGGACCCGAGCGCUGAAAGACCUCGUCGCCAGCGACGACCACCAAUCAUGUAUGGGGAAUGGGUCCAUUAAGCGAGGAGUUAGCAGCAACAAGUUCGCCAUGAGUAAAGGACGUGACGGACGCUUCGUGGACAACGAAAAAUACUGUUUGUGGAAUGAAGGUGACAACCCGUUCAAACAAAUUGCCAAGAAUGAACAGAGGAAAGGGGGUUACGUGUUUCAUCCUUUGAGUGAGGCUCGCCGGCCCCAGUGGAAAAACACGAAUCCGUUUAUUGAUGACGUGGACAGUUAUGACCCGGACUAUUCACAGUUUUCCACGCCACAUGUGAACCCAUUCUCUGGUGGUCGCACUGGAAAUUAUGUUCAGAGUACUCCCAUGGAAUUUGCUCUUCCAUACACCCACCAAAGUCCUUCUGGUCACCCACAGAGUACAGAGGUGUGUGAUCAGUUGACUGAUCCAAUGAAUCACUUGAGAGUUGGAGGCCGAACCGCUGUCAUGCAAAGUGGACGUGGUGUGUCAGGUCAGCGUCACCUGCGCCAGGAGUCGCCUUCUGAUAGUGAAGACGAUACCGGCACAGAAGAGAGAGUCCCCACGCUUCGGCCCGGCCAGUAUGAUGGCACUACACCAUGGAGAGAAUUCUUAUACAAGUUUGAGAGCUGCGCCCACGCCAACAACUGGUCUGAGAAGACAAUGACCGUGCAGUUAAAGUUUUGUUUAGUUGGGCCUGCUGGUGCCAUCGUCCAUCGUAAUCCACGCUCUGCUAGGUGGGAUUAUGGCCGCCUGGUGGAGGAGAUGGAAACUGCCUACGGACCGUCAUCAGAGCAUGCUGCGGCAGUGGCAAUCGAACUCCGUCAGAGGGUGCGGAAGACUGGUGAGUCGCUUCACUUGUUGAGGGACGACAUAUAUGGGAAAGUCUCGGUGGCCUACAGUGACAGAAGUGAAGUAGAGCAGGACACUAUCGGUGUGGAGGUCUUUACAUCUGCUGUGGGAGAUGCAGAGAUUGUCCAGAAAUUAUUAGAACAGCGCCCACGUACUCUGGCUCAAGCAUAUGAUAUUGCAAGGCGCCAUGAGACCACCAAGCGCGCUGCAUUGUAUGUGGCCAGUUUUGCUCAUUCUGGGUCCCGUAGUUUCAGUGAACGACGGCAAAGAGCAGCUGUUGUCAAGGAAGGAGUCGAAGUCGAAGGUACAGAACGUGUUUCAAUGCCGACCCUGCCCAGCAGAGCAUCUGUGCCCCCUAGCCCUCCAGCCAUUCCACGUUGCCCCCCACGUAAGAUGUCUGCCCGCCACGACAUGAAGUGGGAGGACAUUCGCUGCCACAACUGCUCAGGGUUGGGACAUAUGAGGCGUGAGUGUCCAUCACCAAGACAGCCAACCAGAGCUCCGGCAUACAAACAGAGUCCAACGCAGCCUAAACCUGCCACCCUCGAUCACAACCCGAGUCAAGAAAUGAGUGUCAGCAUGUUGGUCGGUGACCUGGAGGUGUACGCUGUCUUGGACACUGGGGCGGCUAGAAGUGUUUUCCCUCUUCGACUGUACAACGCUCUCCAGCCAGAUGUUCGCCCACCACUGCAGCCACCGACGGUCACAACCCUAGUAGGUGUGGGACCUGGUACUGUUCCUGUGCACGGAGAAGCCGACCUCACAGUGCAGUUCCACAACAGACAAGUCAGUGUGCCCUUUCUGAUCGCAGACAUCGUGGGUGAUGAUGCCCUUCUUGGCCAGCCAUUCCUGAUUCAAGCACAAGCACAUUUGGAUUAUGGGAAACAGCACAUUAUCUUGUUUGGAGAAGAAGUGCCGUUUUACCGUCCCGACACAAAGAAAAAGACUAGUGCUGUGAAAGUGUGCCGAACUGUUGUCUUGCUGCCCGGUCAUGAGUAUUUGGUGAGGGGAAUGACCCAUGCGGGAAGCUGUAUUGAAGGCCAAGUGGUUCUGAGUCCCACCAAAGGAUUUGUGGAGAAACACAGAUUGCUUGUUGCCAGAGUGUUGGUGGAACCAGCCAAGCUUCAACCUGUGCCACUACGCAUUUUCAAUCCGGGCAACAGGGCUGUGACUAUCAAGAAGGGGGCCAUUGCUGGAUUCCUCCAGCCUGCUACACCGCUGCAGUCCACAAGCAACAUAAUGGUCUCCAGUGCAACUGACCAGUCGUCUACACUGCCACCACAUCUGCGAGAACUCUAUACAAAAAGCUCAGCAGAGUUAAGUAACCGAGAGCGACUUCAACUGGCGCAACUGUUAUGCACCUACAGCAGUGUAUUUUCCACUGGCCCGGAUGAUAUUGGUCGCACAAAUCUGGUCCAACACGACAUCAUUACUCGUCCAGGUGCCCCAGUCAAGCAACCACCACGAAGAAUGGCAUGGGAGAAACAGCGUGAUGCUGAUGAGCAGAUACAGCAGAACCUGGAGCUCGGACUCGCUAAGCGUAGCCACAGCAGCUGGGCAUCGCCUAUUGUGAUGGUACGAAAAAAAGAUGGAACUUAUCGGCUCUGCAUUGACUACAGAUCUCUGAAUGACUGCACCAUCAAAGAUGCAUAUCCCCUGCCCCGAAUACAAGACACACUGGACACUCUUUCGACGGCAAAGUGGUUCAGCACACUAGACUUGGCUUCCGGCUACUGGCAGGUGGAACUUACACCUCGAGCUCGUAAAGCUUCAGCCUUCUGUACCAGAAACGGCCUAUUUGAAUGGAAUGUCAUGCCAUUUGGACUGUGUAACGCUCCGGCAACCUUCCAGCGAUUAAUGGACCGUGUUCUGGCUGGUCUGCAGUGGGAGACCUGCUUGGUCUAUCUGGAUGAUAUAAUAGUGCUGGGGAAGGAUGUGCCUGAGAUGUUACAACGGCUAAGCCAAGUGUUCAACCGACUACACCGAGCUCAACUAAAGCUGAAGCCCGCUAAAUGUUGCCUCUUCCGCCGGCAAGUGAACUACCUUGGUCACAUAGUGUCAGAGAAGGGCGUGUCCACCGACCCUCAAAAAGUCCAGAAGGUUCAAGACUGGCCACCACCAACUUCACUGCAAGAGGUUCGUCAGUUUGUCGGCCUGGCGUCCUAUUACCGCCGCUUUGUCAAAGACUUUGCAUCAAUAGCUGAGCCCCUCCAUAAUCUGACCAAGAAAAAUGCCCGGUUCGAGUGGACGGACAGGUGUCAGGUGGCUUUCAAUGAACUGAAGCAACUGCUGUCAACCGCACCCAUCUUGGGGUACCCUCUCGACCAAGGUGAGAUGAUCUUGGACACAGAUGCCAGUGACACCGGCAUUGGUGCAGUAUUGUCCCAGGUUCAGGAGGGAAGUGAACGUGUGUUAGCCUACGGAAGCCGCAAGCUGUCCAAGACGGAACAAAACUACUGUACGACCCGUCGAGAGUUGUUGGCUGUGGUCGAAUUUACAUCUCAUUUUCGACAGUAUUUAUUAGGCCGCCAGUUCACCGUGAGAACAGACCACAGCAGUCUCCGGUGGCUGACCAAGAUGAAAGAGCCCGAAGGACAGCUAGCCAGGUGGCUGGAGAGACUCGGCGAGUACAACUUCAACAUCAUCCAUCGCCCGGGGUUGCUCCACACUAACGCGGACAGCCUGUCCCGGAGACCUUGUCGCCAGUCUUGUCCAUGUAAGUUGCCGCCUCCUUCAGUUCCAUCAAAAUGUGUCACCCAUCAGGCUAUCCAGUGUAAGAUGGGGUCAGACAUGCCCGUCAGUGGACCGGAAUCGCUCCAGGUGAAUAUAGUGGGGGUGAUCAACGCUGACGACUCGGUCCAUUCGUUUCAAGGCUGGUCCAUGACGGACCUCCAACGAGCCCAGGAGGCAGACAUGGACAUCUCACCCGUCAAGAUAUGGCUCGAGUCCGGCAGUGAGCGCCCCCCUUGGGUCACCGUGUCACCCUACAGCCCCGCGACUAAGGCCUACUGGAGUCAAUGGGCAAGACUUUUCAUCCGGGAUGGAGUCCUGAUGAGGAAAUACUACUGCCUGGACGACACGCAGUUUUACCCCCAAGUGUUGCUGCCCAAAUCCUUCCGAGCAGAUGAGACUGAGCGGGGAAAUCGGUAUAUACUUGUCAUACAAGACUAUUUUACUAAGUGGGUUGAAGCAUUCCCCCUCCAUGAUGACAAAGCUGUGACUGUGGCAGAAGUUUUGGCCUCUCAGUGGGUGUCUCAUUACGGUGCUCCACAUACCCUGCACAGUGACCAGGGCCGCAAUUUUGAAUCUGAGGUGUUCCAGAAGAUGUGCUUAACGUUCGGCAUCGAGAAAACUCACACCACGCCCUUCCGUCCACAGUCUGAUGGCCAAGUGGAAAGAUUCAACGCCACUCUACAGAAGAUCCUGGGCACUACAGCUGAGCGCCGUCACUGGGACUGGGAUGUGAUGAUCCCCUUUGCUGUCAUGGCCUACCGAGCAACCAAGCACAGUGCAACUGGUUUAACUCCAAACAUGAUGAUGUUCGGCAGGGAAUUGACUGAGCCAGUUGAUCUGGUUGCUGGAUUACCUCCAGACAUUGACGCCACACCUUCACCCCCUGAGUACGUCCAGAGUCUCCGAGAACGGUUGGAGCUGGCACACCAGAUCGUCAGAGUCGCCCUUGGUGAAGCAGUGCAACGAGCAAAAAGACAAUAUGACAAGUCUUGCUGUCGGACCCACUAUCAGAUUGGUGAUGCUGUUUGGUAUCUCAUCAAAGGCACCCGAAAUGUCAAGAACAGAGUUCGGAAGUUCCUGCCGUCGUAUGAAGGGCCAUAUUUCAUCCUGGGACAGCUGGACGACCUGGUGUACAGGAUCCAGAAGAACCCCAGGACCAAAGUCAAGGUGGUCCAUCAUGAUCAGCUGAAGCCGUACCGUUGCCGGGACGCUCUGGACAACACCUGGGCCCUGGAGCUGGCGUCUUCAUGGACACCGAUGGAGGUGUCGCCACCACCUGUGCAGAGUGAUCAAGCGGACCUGGACCUGGGCUUGUCUCAGCUGUUUUACAACAGUGCAGCUGGGACAGCUUUCAGUUCCACUUCCUCAGAUCCUGACAUUGAUACUGUUGUGUUUGACUCUCCUCAGUCCGGUCUUCCAGACAGCAGUGGUGCUGCAGUUCAACAUCAUCCGGACCCGAGCGCUGAAAGACCUCGUCGCCAGCGACGACCACCAAUCAUGUAUGGGGAAUGGGUCCAUUAA